AUGAUUUGGCUGGAGCUGUUGAAGAGAAUUUCGAUGUGGAAACACUCGGAAUUCUCUUCAACGCCUCCCAAGUCCGGAAAGAAGACUGCUCCCCUCCCUUACCCCCAGGGCAAGGCUGGUGCUAGCAAGAAGGGCCCCAAGAACCCUCUCAUCGAGAAGCGCCCCCGCAACUUCGGUAUUGGCCAGGACAUCCAGCCCAAGCGCAAUCUCGGCCGUUUCGUCAAGUGGCCCGAGUAUGUCCGUCUGCAGCGCCAGAAGAAGAUCUUGAACCUCCGUCUCAAGGUCCCUCCUUCCAUCGCUCAGUUCCAGAACACCCUGGACCGCAACACCGCUGCCCAGACCUUCAAGCUCCUCAACAAGUACCGCCCUGAGACCAAGGUCGAGAAGAAGGAGCGUCUCCACGCCGAGGCCACCGCCGUCUCCGAGGGCAAGAAGAAGGAGGAUGUCUCCAAGAAGCCCUACCACGUCAAGUACGGUCUGAACCACGUUGUCGGCCUCGUUGAGAACAAGAAGGCUUCCCUUGUCCUCAUCGCCCACGACGUUGACCCCAUUGAGCUGGUUGUCUUCCUUCCCGCUCUCUGCCGCAAGAUGGGUGUCCCCUACGCCAUCGUCAAGGGCAAGGCCCGUCUCGGUACCGUUGUCCACAAGAAGACCUCCGCUGUUCUCGCUCUCACCGAGACCCGCUCCGAGGACAAGGCUGAGUUCUCCAAGCUCCUCUCCGCCAUCAAGGAGGGCUACACCGACAAGUACGAGGACUCCCGCCGCCACUGGGGUGGUGGUAUCAUGGGUGCCAAGGCCGUCGCCCGCCAGGAGAAGAAGCGUAAGGCCGUUGAGGGCGCCCUCCGCGUUUAAAGCUAGAAAUAGCCUAGAACGGGAUGGAUUUCGUGUUUUCAACGAUCUUAAUGACAGUCUAAUAUCUUCCGGCAAUGGACAAUAGCAUCCAAGAUACAAAAGUUUGGGAUCCUUUUUCUUUUUAUACCUCAGGUGUCAAGCUUUUCAAAAGAAAGUUGGGAUGGUGUUUUCCGAAGGGAGGCUUCUUCGGUUGACUUGUUGACGGCUUUAGCUUAUCCUAAAAUCCCAAUCCAUCUUGAAUGGUCCUUGUCUCGUUUCUUUUUCUUUUAUGUACACCUCGCAGAUACCCAUGAAUGCAUUUCAGACCUC